AUGGGUUGUAGCAGCCCGCAUGUAUCUGCUCCACUUGGUGGGUUGUACUCUUUUCGCCAACAAGAGUUUAACCCAUGUACAUGUCUGGAGGCUUUCAGGGACCUGGCCCAGGCAGGGGGAUUCGCCUGGGGAGCGGCUGCAUUAGUCCACAUGUACGACCAUCUGAAUGACGCGUCGCAGGCCUUUACACGACAGCUGGGCGGUUAUAUUACACUUCUCCAGUGCUGGAUAUACGAGCACUUUCCUACAGUGCAUACAUCUGUCGUUCAUGAUGCUUAUGAUGAGGGGAGCCCAUGGGCCUGCAGGUGGCUUACGGGUAAGGAUCAUAUGACGGGGAUCAAGGGUGCCCCGUAUCGGAGACGUUUGGAUGCCCUGAGUGUGACUGACGUGUGCUGGAAGCCCUAUGGUGAGCACCGGCGAGUCAAGGCCUUUGACUUGAUAUCGUCGUACACCGGCCAGCUCAGAUGGGGUCAAAUUGUGGUGUACGUUCGACCUGAGCGGGUUCUUCGACAGUUUGGCUACCUUCAGAUGGUCCCUUCGUCGCCGGUUUGUGAUUCUUUGACGGGUGAUGAUAUAGAUUAUCGGUGGCUGAAUUUUCCAGACCAUUUGGUGCCUUCAUGGGAGCUCUGUGUAGUUCCUGGACAGGUGGCGCCAGACUACAUGGAGUGGUUUUUUCGGAUAUCGCACCCAUUCAUCACGCAGACCGAGGAGACUGCUGCGCCGAGACAUUCGCCUCCCCCUCAUCAUGAGGAGUUCGUCGAGCCACCCAUCCCCGAGGUUUCAGUCGCGACCGAUCUCCCUACGCAUUCAGUGGUUCACUGCGAAGGAUUUCAGGGGAUGACUCAGGAUUUAGGAGGGAUUGCUGAGGAUUUGGAGCGGGUCAUCAACCUCAGGAUGGUCACUGAGGGCACUGACUUACAUAACAUCAUAACUCGUUGUUUGAGGAGAGCUAGAGGUGACACCGCAGAUGGAAGUCUUAGACCGCGCCAGAGACGCCGCAUAGAUUAG